UUGUUGUGAAACUUUGAAUGUAAGUUUACUAAAGAGUGAGGUUAAGAUUCAGUACUGACGUUCGAUCCGCGCGGCCUACUAUGUUUCUAUAUGCAAAACUUAAAAGACAUCCCUCGUAAUGGAGCUAAAAUAUUAGAUUAUGGAGUUAAUUCAAUACUAUUCCAAAGAGGCUUGUAUCCACCAGAAAGUUUCACAGCUGAUGAAAAUUAUGGAUUAAAUAUGUGGAUGUCUACUGAUAACAAAAUCAAGGAAUUUUUGUCAACUACGUUAGGCCAGCUUAAAGGUUGGUUGAUAGAAAGAACCGUUAAUAAGGUUGCCUUAGUCAUCACCAAUGUAAAAACACUAGAAGUGAUGGAACGUUGGGACUUCAACAUUGAGUAUGAGGGAGACAUUAAUGCAGGACCAGAUCAGACCUCCGAUAAACCAUUGAAGCAGAUCAAAAAUGAAAUCCGGGAUGUCCUGAAGCAGAUAGCUUCAUCAAUAUCUUAUUUACCAUUGCUGGAUUGUCUAUGUAGUUUUGAUAUCCACAUUUACACCAUUAACGAUGUGAAUAUGCCCUCAGGAUGGGCUAAGUCCGAACCUGCUAAUGUUAAAAAUGCACAGAACGUUAAAAUGAGAUCUUUCUCAACAAGCAUUCAUAAGAUGGAAACUAUGGUUACCUAUAAAAAUGUAGAUUAGGUCAAACAUAUUUAUUAAAUGUAAUCAAUUUUUGUUAUCUUUUAAACUAUAUUCGGAUGUAC